CAGCUGCUGCUCCAGCAUCCCUGAUAGUGCAGCCAUCCCCAUCAUACACUGCUCCACUUCCACCUCCCUCCUCUCCUCUCCUCCAACCUUCUCUCUCUUGUUUAUCUCAAGAUGGCAACCGAGGGACUGCAAGAGAACGAGACCCUGGCCUCCCUGAAGAAUGAGGCAGAAAGCCUGAAAGGGAAGCUGGAGGAAGAGAGAGCCAAGCUGCAUGAUGUGGAGUUACAUCAAGUGGCUGAACGUGUGGAGUCUCUUGGCCAGUUUGUCAUGAAAACAAGGAGGACAUUGAAGGGCCAUGGAAAUAAAGUGCUCUGCAUGGACUGGUGCAAAGACAAAAGAAGGAUUGUCAGCUCAUCUCAGGAUGGAAAAGUGAUUGUAUGGGACGCUUUCACUACAAACAAGGAGCAUGCAGUCACCAUGCCGUGCACCUGGGUGAUGGCCUGUGCGUAUGCUCCUUCUGGGUGUGCUAUUGCUUGUGGGGGUUUGGACAAUAAGUGCUCUGUGUACCCUCUGACAUUUGAUAAGAAUGAAAACAUGGCUGCUAAGAAGAAGUCAGUGGCAAUGCACACCAACUAUUUGUCCGCCUGCAGCUUCACUAACUCAGACAUGCAGAUCCUGACGGCCAGUGGAGAUGGGACAUGUGCUCUCUGGGAUGUGGAGAGUGGUCAGCUGCUGCAGAGUUUUCAUGGACAUGGGGCUGAUGUUUUGUGCCUGGAUCUGGCACCAUCUGAAACAGGAAAUACCUUUGUGUCCGGGGGCUGUGACAAGAAAGCAAUGGUAUGGGACAUGCGAACUGGACAGUGUAUUCAGUCAUUUGAAACCCAUGAAUCUGAUAUCAACAGUGUCCGGUAUUACCCCAGCGGAGAUGCAUUUGCGUCUGGCUCGGAUGAUGCGACGUGUCGUAUGUAUGAUCUGCGAGCGGAUAGAGAAGUCGCCAUCUAUUCUAAAGAGAGCAUCAUUUUUGGAGCAUCAAGUGUUGAUUUCUCUCUUAGUGGUCGUUUGUUAUUUGCUGGGUACAAUGACUACACAAUCAAUGUGUGGGAUGUCCUAAAGGGAAGUAGGGUCUCCAUCUUGUUUGGUCAUGAGAACAGGGUCAGCACUUUACGUGUGUCUCCAGAUGGAACAGCAUUUUCCUCAGGAUCAUGGGAUCACACACUAAGAAUCUGGGCGUAAAUCCAAAUUAAGAAAACAUAGAAUCUUGAAGGACUCUUCAGUCUCACUGUACUAGAAAAAUGAAGCAGGUUCCUCCUAUGGAAACUUGUUGUUUUGUAGCAUAUUACUGUCCUCAAGGUUUACACGUACUACUGAAAAUGACUAGGUUCUGCUCCUGCUAAAUAAAGGUAUCCAUUGUAUUCAUAUAAAGGUCAGACCCUAAUGAAAUCUAUUGGCUUGCUUGGAUCAGAUGAUUCAGAUAAUAAUAUAAAGGUAGAUGAACACUUGAAGACAUUUACUGAAAACUGAAGUUAGCGAAACCUCUUUCCAGGCCAAAGGGCUCCUAACCUCCACUUGAUAUUCUAUUCCAUUGGUUUCCCAAAUGGCUACAUUGUGUCAAAAUAUUGCACUAUGUUUAAUCAGUUUUGCUGCGUGGAAUGGUUUAUGUUUCUGUUACCUUUGGAAUGUUAGUUGCGUUUUGUACAGUGAAUAAGCUAUUAUUGGAUCUAGUUGGCUUUCUUGACAGCUAUGGAAUAGACCGUGGUUAAUCUCCAUCUUUUGUUUACUAUUAGUAGAGACUUGUUCCCUUUCCAGGACAAAAUGACUUGUACCUGAACUGCAUUGGCCUGCUUAUAGACUUUACAACCCUUUAUAUUCUGUUUAAAGAAUUUACUCAUAUCCAUUUUCUCCUUCACAGUAUGAUGUGGUACAUGAAGCCACAUACAAAACUGGUAAAUGUAUCAGAAAGUUCAUGAUAAAAGAUAAAGACUUAGCUCGUAUUGCUUACACAGUGACCCCCCGACCUACGAUGGCCCCGACAUACGAUCAUUUCAACAUACGAUGGCCUCUCAGAGGCCAUCGCAUGUUGAAGGCAGCAUCAACAUACGAUGCUUUUGUAUAUCGCAUAAACGGCUAUCCGGCAGCGCAGACUUCUUCACCUGCCACCGGAUAGCUGUUUACGGUGCCCCGUGUGGUCCACUGACGAUCACUUACCUGUCCUCGGGGCUCCGGCAAAUCCUCUUCGGGAUCCUCUCCAUCGUCGGCGCUCUCCAUUGUCAUCAUCUCGUCGCUGCGCACGCCGUCCCGUCAUCCAAUAGGAGCGGCGUGUGUAGCGACGUGAUGGCGGCGACGGAGAGCGAGGAUGCCGAGGAAGCAGAGGCCUUGCCGGAGCGUUGGGGACACCAUGGGGACGCGGCAACAGCGAUGGAGGGUGACAUCCAGGGCAGCAGUGACGAGCGGUGACGGUCCGGAGCGGCAGGGACAGGUGAGUACAACUUCCUAUACCAAUGGUCUUCAACCUGCGGACCUCCAGAUGUUGCAACGUUGCAAUGUUACAGCCAACGGCUGUCCGGGCAUGCUGGGUGUUGUAGUUUUGCAACAUCCGGAGGUCCGCAGGUUGUAGACCCCUGUCCUAUACUUUGCAUUGCACGGAUCCCUCAACAUACGAUGGUUUCAACAAACGAUGGUCCAUUUGGAACGGAUUACCAUCGUAUGUUGAGGGACCACUGUAUGUGUAAAGGAUCCAAUAGAGUGAUGGUAUGAUUUAGGUUAUUCACCUAAAUCCAGUCAAUCUAACUGUUAAGAUGGGUGACAAUAAUUGUCAUAGAAAGCAUUUAGCAUUAUGUAGCACAUUCUCUGUUUUCUAUACAUGAAAGUUAUAGAUACGGUUGAUCUUCUAAUCUAUAUUUACUGAUAUUCAUGUGUCUGCAUUAAAAGAGACUAUAAGUAACAUGGUGUCCUGUAUCACAUUGGCACAGGGACCCAUAGCACGAGUAGUAGACCUACAGCACGAUUGGUUAAUAUCAGAGUCAAUGGCCCUGAUUUAUCAAUCUGCCUUAGACCAAAAAGUCUGGUAUUCGGUUUUCCCAUAACAACCAAUCACAGCUCAGCUUUCAUAUCUUAACGAGCUCUGGUAAAAUGAAAGCUGAGCUGUGAUUGGUUGCUACUGGCAACAUGCAUAAAAUCAUAGAGAUAACAUAGCUUUGUGUCAACCGCAAUCUCUAAGGACAUGUAUGAUUUCAGUAUUGAGUGAUCAUUAAGCUUAUUAUUAAAAUUUAGGAAAUUAUGGAAUAUAUAGAGUACUAUAUAUUAUAAUAUGUUACUGUUUGUUUGAGUGAACACCAAGUGCUGAAGCCACAGGCUUCUAAGCAUUACAUAUAUAGCGUGUUCCACUUACAUUCACAAACUAUAGUGAGUAUGAUGCUCUGUGAAACUAAAAAACAUGUAAAUGUAGUAUGUAUAAUACCUGUAUUAUUAGAUAGCAUAUUUUGUUGGAGAAUCGACAAGCAAUACCUUAUAAAUUCUCAGGCUGAAAGUAGAAAUCGCAUUCCUUUUCACAUGGUUAGUGAAAAUAUACCUACCUGUCAGUGAGUCAAAACUACAAUAUACAGCGCCUCUACAGCCAAAUAUUUAAAUAUUUGCAUGUGCCCGUUUUCUUAGACUACCUAAUAUCUGAUUCAGGUCGCAGUUUGUUCUCUAGUGCUGAUCUUUCUACUCUGUACUGCAGAUGCAGUAAUAAGGUGCUACCAUUCUGAAGGCUAUGGGGGCCAUUGGGAAGUCUUUUAGUCACCAAGUUACCCAUUUACAUGCAAGUAUACAUGGACCCUUCUCUGAUCUCUCCUCUUUACACUCCUUUUCUGUCAGUCUUGUGUAUCGUACUGCCAUAGUCUUCUGAGGCUUCUUUAGUAGUACACAAGGGAGAAGCAUUACUUUGCUCGUGUCUAGUUUAAAGUCCUGUGAGACGUUCAAUGGUUAAAUUAAAAAAAAUUGUGUUAGUAUAUUUCACACACUAAUAUUAAUAGUGAAUGCACUGCUUGAGAUAUGCUUUAAGAUGUGUAAGAAAGUAGCCUUAGCUUUCAGUCUUCUUUACUUACAGCCUAGAUAUCAUAGAGAAUAGCAGGAGCCGCACUCACCAUGGAAACAUCCACUUAAACGGGUACUCCGCCCCUAGACAUCUUAUCCUUUAUCCAAAGGAUAGGGCAUAAGAUGUCUGAUCGCAGGGGUCCCACCACUGAGGACCCCUGCGAUCCCGGGUGCGGCACCCCAGACAUUUGGUGCACGGAGUAAACUUUGCUCCGUGCCGGUUGACUGUCGAUGCGGAGGCUUAUGACAGCACAGGCGUGCCCCGCUCUUGACGUCACGGCCACACACCCUCAAUGCAAGCCUAUGGGAGGGGGUGUGAUGUCCGUCACGCCCCCUCCCAUAGACUUGCAUUGAGGGGGCGUGAUCAUGAUGUCACGAGCCUCCGCCACUGCACCCGAUGCUCUAAACUGGUGCAGCAGGGAGUUCGCAGGGGGUCCCCAGCAGCGGGACCUCCGCGAUCAAACAUCUUAUCCUCUAUCCUUUGGAUAGGUUAUAAGAUGUCUAGGGGCGGAGUACCCCUUUAACCUUGGAUUGAUCAAACUUUCCAUUGACAAUAUCUAUUUACUUAUUAACAAAUCAGUUUUGAGCUAACAUUUACUUAUGUGCCAGGAAUGUGGACUCUGAUAGUAGUGGAAUGAAUGAGAUUAUUCUUUGGUUGUGUCAUCAGAAAACUGUAAACUUUUACUUUUUGUCGGUCAUUUGCAUAUUAUGUACAGUAUGUCCUUUGUAAAGCACAAUAAUUUAUCUAUAGAAAUAUGUGGUAUGCAGUAUUCCAGGAAGACAGAUACAAAUCAGCUAUAUACCACCCUUUAAAAAGGUGUCUGCUGCUUUACAUAGGUACUGAUCACAAGGACAUUGUGUUGUGUUUGGGAUGUCAGUAAGACAAUGCAACAAUCAGGACAAGCUAAAUAUAAAGUACUAUACACUGCUCUUAACAAGGGGCAGCAGUACGUGUGCACAUUGAGAUAUAGAGUGAGGACAUAUUAUUCCUCAAGGACAUUUAUAUGGGAAGACAUUGUGAGGAAGUUCUUUUCAUGGGACUGUAUUAAGGGCUAUGGUUUUUCUUUUCUUAUCAUUAUUUGCUGCACAUAAAAUAAGUCUUCACUAGGUAGAAACCUUUGGUAAGAUCAGAGUAUUACACAUCUUGUAACCUCAAAACUGAUGUCAUUUUAUGCAUUAUUUAUUCAUCCAUUGUAAAAAAUCAAAAAAGUGAAGCAUGUCCUGAACUUUUUAGUUUUUUUU